AUCCUUCAAAUUUUCAUAACGUCUCAACAAUGUCUGGAAAAAGAUUGGAUGGCAAAAUCGUAAUUAUUACUGGCGGAGCAAGCGGGAUUGGGGCUGAGUCCGUUCGAUUAUUUACCGAACACGGCGCUCGAGUCGUGAUCGUUGAUGUACAGGAUGAGCUCGGUCAAAACGUUGCAGUUUCGAUCGGUGAAGACAAAGCGAGUUACUAUCAUUGCGAUGUCACGAACGAGACGGAAGUUGAAAACGCCGUUAAGUUCACCGUCGAAAAAUAUGGGAAGCUUGACGUUCUGUUUAGUAACGCCGGCGUAAUAGAGCCGUUUGUGAGCAUCCUCGACUUAAACCUCAACGAGUUAGACCGAACGAUCGCCAUUAACCUCCGCGGCACAGCCGCAUUCAUCAAGCAUGCUGCACGUGCCAUGGUGGAGAAAGGCAUCCGCGGCUCCAUCGUUUGCACCACUAGCGUCGCGGCUGAGAUCGCUGGCACGGCACCACACGGGUACACGACGUCGAAGCAUGGGCUGUUGGGUUUGAUCAAAUCGGCUUCUGGUGGAUUAGGAAAAUAUGGUAUAAGAGUAAACGGCGUUGCUCCAUUUGGUGUCGCAACACCGUUAGUUUGUAAUGGUUUCAAGAUGGAACCAAACGUGGUGGAGCAGAACACGUCAGCUUCGGCGAAUCUAAAGGGCAUUGUAUUGAAAGCUCGUCACGUGGCAGAAGCUGCUCUGUUUUUAGCGUCCGAUGAGUCGGCUUACGUUAGCGGACAGAACCUGGCUGUUGACGGUGGUUACUCGGUGGUGAAGCCGUAGCUAUAACAACUUGGCCACAAAGAUCCCAUGAUGGAAUAUUGGAAUUUUGUUUUUUUGGUCAAAAGUUGACUUGACUUAAUUGUUGUAGAGGCAUGGGGAUUGAGAAGUUUCUGAGGUUGCAAAUUUCCUUGAAAUGUGGAUGUUGUAUUUUUAUAUGGUAACAUUCAUUAUCCAACAUAUUGCACAUCUCGAGGAUAAUUUAUUUAAACAAAUACUACAAGCUUAUUUGAUAAAUCGUCUUUCUAGUCUCUCUAUUUUGACUAUGGGUUUUGAAUUUUGAUAUUUCAGUGAAGAAUCC